CAUUCCAUCUGAAUUACUAUAUUUUGUUUACUGAAAUUGAAAUAGGACAAAAAAAAUUGCAUUAUGUAAGUGAGGACUUUAAGUUCUCCUCUUUGGAAGAAAGUGAAAUGAAGUUAUCUGUAGACCACAUCCUUAUGUACAACCUUGAGAAUUGAUAAUAUAAUUCAAAUCCCAAAAAGAACUUUUUUCACUAGCCAAGAAUUAGCACAUCAUGGAUUAUUUUUUCUGGUUUUUCUUUUCCUUUGCCAUAUUAGUUAAUAGUUAUUUAGGUUCGUCCAUGGACGGACCUUCAAUUAAUGUGACGAAGCAUAUCUCUUUUCGAGAUUUCAGUUCUAUUAAUCCGAGAUUGAAGCAAGAUGUUACACUUCUUGGUAGUGUUAUCGUCUCGGAUGAAAAAAAAUCCGUUCAAAUUCCUGAUCCUGAGCGAGAAGGUGAUGAUCUAAAGCAUCUAGCAGGACGAGCUAUAUAUUCUUCACCGAUCCGUUUCUUUGAUCCUCAGACUCAAACACCGGCUUCCUUUGAAACGACUUUCUCGUUUCAAUUUGAAGUGAAGUCCUAUUCAGGCAAUGAGGCGUCAGAUCAGGGGAAAUAUGUAGGUGGUAGUGGUCUUACUUUUAUAAUCGUCCCGGAUGAAUUAACUGUUGGCCGUGCUGGUCCGUGGCUUGGGAUGCUGAACGAUUUGUGCGAUGAGGAUUAUAAAACAGUAGCUAUUGAGUUUGAUACACGGAAGAAUCCUGAAUUUGGUGACCCGAAUGAUAAUCACUUGGGCAUUAAUUUGGGUAGCAUAGUUUCAACUGCAGCGAUUAAUGCUUCUGACGCUGGAGUUCAAUUGAAUGACGGAUCAGUUCACAGAGUUUGGAUAUCUUACGAUGGGCGAAAGCGAUUUGUUGAAAUUCGUCUUGCACCUGAUGGCAGAGGAUAUCCUUCUAAACCAGUUUACUCUGGUUUACUUGAUCUUUCACCUUACUUGAAUGAGUAUAUGUUUGUUGGAUUUUCAGCUGCUACUGGAAACCAUACACAAAUCCACAACAUUUUGUCAUGGAAUUUCACCUCAAUUAGUCAAGCUUCGCUUCGAAUUCCUUCAACAGAGACAUGCCAGAACAAAAUCAUGCUUCAAAAUAGCACACAAUCUGAAAAUCUUCAUCGGAAAACGCCUAAUAGUUUCUUUAUUUUCCUUGCUGUUGUCAUUCUUCUGGUAGUCGUUCUUAUUAACCUCUAUUUCAGUAGCUACAAGCGAGAUAACAAUUCUGACGAAGCAUUCCCUCUGCCUGAGAAAAAGCAGAGACCACGGCCACCAAACAAGGCACGCCGCUUCACAAUAGCUGAGAUCUCCAUCGCAACAAGGAAUUUCAGCGAGUUACAAAUAUUAGGCAGUGAUGAGAAGAGCAUUACGUACAAGGCCACGAUACUAAACGGGUGCAACGUUGUUGUAAAACGAUUUUUAACUCAAUUUUUCAACACACACGGGUUUGAAAAGCGUCAAUUUCACAAGGAAAUCAAGGCUAUCACCAGAAUUCGUCACCCGAAUUUGGUCCCGAUUAGAGGUUGGUGCUAUGACAACCAAGAAACAAUAAUUGUGUACGAUUUCAUCCCAAAUGGAAGCCUCGAUAAGUGGCUGUUUGGCGUUGGCGUCUUGCCUUGGACGAGGCGUUUUAAGGUCCUUAAAGAUUUAGCAGAUUCUCUUGUCUACCUUCAUUCAAAGCAACUCGCUCACAAAAACGUUAAAAGUAGCAGUGUGUUUCUUGACGUGAGCUUCAGAGCAGUAGUUGGUGAUUUCGGGUUUGUGCUUACUUCAGCCGGGUCAACCCGGUUUGAGGCCAUGGUGAGUCAGACAGCUGAUGUGUUCGAGUUCGGAGUAGUCGUGCUUGAGAUCAUUGCGGGUCGGAGCUGGAAGUCCAACCCGGGAGAACGGGACUUAUUGGAUCUUGCAUGGGCAAUGCAUGAGGUACAACAGAAGGAAACUCUAGUGGAUCGUAGAAUGGGCGCGGUCGUGAACCUGGAGCAGGCGAUUCGGGCAUUGGAUAUCGGGUUGCUCUGUACGUUGAACGAGAACAAAGGAAGGCCUACUAUGGAAGAAGUGGUGGAGUUCCUAAAUAUGGAGAAACCGAUACCAGAGUUGCCAUCGGGUCGACCCGUUUGUUUGUUCCCGUACAGCAGCACCACAGGCUUAUGCAGCGGGUACGCUUGUACAACAUUCAAAUGAAGCCACGUGUCUUGUUGAUCAAAGCAGCCAAUUGGUUGUUCACGUUCCACUGACAAAAUCAGAAAUUGUGCAGUGAAUCAAGAUAGGAACAGCAUGAAGAGGAAGAAGUAGAAAGGAAGAAGAAGAAGUAGAAAGGAAGAAGAAGAGAUGAAGAUGCAGUCUAAGAAGAAUCAGAACAGAAUUGUAUUAGUAUUCUAAAGUGUUAAUCAUGCUUAUUUACAUCAGUGUAUAUAUAUACAAUAACUAAUACAUAUAACAACUAUAACUAACUCAUAACUAAUUCUCAACUAACUAGUUAUCUUAUUUACACA